AUGGAUUUAAAAACUCUAGUAUCAACGUUGCUAAUUGUCGUGGCUUUGACCGAGGCAAAGCCAAAUAGAUCAGGUAAGUACUCAAUAAUUACUGUGUAAUCCAGAAGCAAUGUCAUAUACAACGGCCCUGCAUUUACGAGCACAUUCAAAAGAACAUAUUUAAAGCAACAUAGUGUCAACGACCUGGGCAUACCCAUUUUUGCUCGACCAUUUGUAUACAAAGUGCGCACAUCAAAUAAUUAGAAUUUUGUAUUUUAAUAAGAAGAGGGGUUAAUUUAAUAAAUUAAUCAAUAGUUUUAGGUGUCGUCCAUAAUUAUCACGAUUUUCACAAGCAUGCGUACAGAGAGUACAAUUCUUUUUCGAGUCCCUCCUCCUUCUAUAACAGCGUGACGAAUCUAUACUUGCCCAAAAAGCAUACGGUUUACGGUAUUUCUGUUGACAAAUUAUACAGGAGCCCCUGUAGAACCGGCCAAAAGACAUUUCUCUCGUAUUAAAAAAUCAAAAUACCUGUAGGCAUUUGCUAUUGCAUUGUUUAUAAAUGUUCUACCACUGGAUAUUAGUCUAAUUAUACCGUUGACAUGUAAACAUAAAACAAAGUAAAAUGAAAGGAAUGUAACCUAUUAUACUACUAUAUACGACUUUAAUGUACAUUGCUUGUACUCUGCUUUUAUUUUAAAGGGUUCAGAAGAACUAUGACAAGUUGUCAGAGUGACUGUCCAUCUACAUGCGCUCCAGCCUGCACACCCGUUUGUUGUUCUCGACCUGCACCUCCAGCUCCACCUGGCCCUCCAGGUAUGGAUGGUCCAAUGGGACUUCCAGGUGCUCCUGGACCGAAUGGUCCUAAAGGUCCACUUGGUCAAGCUGGCGCACCAGGUCCAGCUGGCCCUCCAGGCCCACCUGGCGCACCGGCAGGUCCACCUGGUAACGACGGACCACCCGGACCAAUGGGCGCCCCUGGAAACCAAGGUCCACCAGGUGAUCCAGGUCCACAAGGUCCAAUGGGCCAACCUGGUCUUGCAGGUCCACCAGGCAUGGCUUCACACUGUGCUCCAGUAUGUGCUAAAACAUGCGUGAAGGCUUGUCCGGCCCCAUGCUGCCACGGAAAGUAAAGUCAUAUGAUAUGGAUAAUAUGAACGCCGUUCCAUGGUAUAAAAGUAAUUAACAUAGCAUGCAACAUGACGAGUAGAAUACUGGGUGUUAUUAUGUAACUAUAUUUGUGAAGCAAAAAGUAAUACAUUUUGGUUCUGUCAAUGAUGGUCACGU